AAUUAUUUUAAAUGUUGGAGGAAUUAAGUACGAGACUAAUAGAUCGACGCUUACUAAAUAUCCUGAAACAUAUCUUGGAACAAUAUUUGGCGAAAAUUUUAAACGACAAAAAAAAGAUAAUGAAUAUUUCUUUGAUCGUAAUGGGUAUGCAUUUCGGUAUAUAUUAGAGUAUCAUCGUACAGGACAAAUUUUAUGGGCACCUUCAAAUGAUUCGGGACUUUGUAAUGGAGUUAGUCUUAAAGAAAUGGUUUUAGAAUUUGAAUUCUUUAAAAUUCCAAAUGAAUUGAAUGAAGAUCAUGAUGAUAAAGAAUAUGAUUUAAAUGAAAUUAGAGAUUUAUUUAAAGAACUAUCAGUCACAUCUUUUCCUUCCAAGACAUUAAAUGAUUCAAAAAACGAAUCAUUAUCAAUUAAUAAUCCUCCUAGUACAAUUGGUGAUGACCGUAGAAAUCUUGUCACAACUGGUACUCAAUCUCAUUACCCUAAUACUCAAUAUCCUCAACAUUCUAAUACUUCUCAACAUUCUAAUAUUUCUCAAAAUUCUCAAUAUCAUAACCCCGUCUCUCAAACUUAUUCAUCUACACCGAAUAUCAACAAUACUAAUAAUAAUGUUGAAAUGGGUAGAUUACGUAGAUGGGCAACAGUUGAAGAACAUGUACAACUUUUAGAUUCAUUUGUAAUGGCUUUAAGUAGUAUAGUUUUUGAAAUAUAUCAUAAUUUAAGAAGACAAAUUAAUAUUUAUUUUCAUUCUAGAUUAAUAUUAAAUCAGGGAAAAGAUAAUCAACAUUCAUCGUCAAUUGAGUUUGAUUUAGAUCUCGAUAGAAUAAAAGAAAUUAUGAAACCAUUUAAAGCAUGUGGAGUUAAAUUAUUGGAAUGGUAUGGAAAUGAGAUUGUAAAAAAAUUGAUGGUAGAUUUUAACGAAGCGGUCGAAAUUAAAAUAAGCCGAUCGGGUAGCAUUUUCAUUGUUACUAUUACAAUUCUUAUUCAAUUUAAUAAUCAAUAUAUUUAUUCUAAAUCUUCUUUAAUGAGAAGAUAGUUAAUUAAAUUUGUAUAUUUAUAUGAACAUUGAAUGUAUUUUAAAAGUCCUUGUAAAAUAAAUAUAUUAUAAAAAUAUAUCACAUUAUGCUGGACUCAAUUCAAUUUC